AUGACGACAAAUCGUUUUCAGGUUACAUCAGUCAAUGAACUUAAUCGUGAUAAAAUAUUAUCUCAUCCAUCGGAAGUAAUUCCAUUAAUUAAUAUACAAAAUGAUAUACCAACACCACCUUCAUUACCAAUUUCAUUUACAUCUAUUCAUGAAACAAAUAAAACAUCAACACGCUUAAAAACUAGUUCAACAGCUUUAAAUUUUAUACGAAAACUUGAUCCAAUAAUUCAUCAUUCCAAUAGUCAUAUAAAUUUACCUGGUAUUAAUGAAACUGAUGGAGGAGAUUCAUGUUACUCUACAAUACAAUCAAAUACUUGGGAUACAAACUCACUUCAUUUAAAAAAUAGUUUUCUACAUGAACUACGUUUAAAACGUCAUGAACUACAAACUAAAGCAAAAAAUAUUCCAAUCGAUCAACGUAUUGCAUUAAAUAAUCGUCCAUAUAAUGAAGAGUUAUUACGUGCACAAGAUAUUUUUGCUAUACAUUUUGAAUUAAAUGAUACUGAGAAUAUUCCAGAUAAUAUCUUUAAUGAAGAUUCACAAGAAAAAAUUCGAAAUAAAAUUUUUGAUGAAUUAGAUCGUCAACGAAAGAAAAAAUUUCAUAAACAACAUCGUCAAUUAUUUUUAGGUCGAGCAUUAUUAUUCCUUAUGGUAGCAAUAUUAGUAUUUAUGGCUACUACAUUAAUUUGUGCUGUUAUGAAUCUAUAUGAUCGUGCGGAAUAUUUUAAUAUAACAUUAUCAAAUGAUACAUUUUUAUCAAUGAUAUAUGAUACAUCUACUAAUACUUAA